GGGAAGAUUGUCAAAUCUGACCUUGUAGGCUGUAUAGAGUCUGUUUCAAACCACUCAAACAUACUCUUUUCUCUGACUUUUGAACUUUCCCUUAGCGCUCCAACACCUUGGAAUUCCCUUUUAGUCUCCUUGCUCAGGUGCUUCCUUACACUCCUUUGUUCAGAAAGCAGGCAUCCUCCAUUUGCUCAUGCCUUGGCCCUCCUCUGCUAUCCAUCUAGCCAAACUGGUUUGAGUUGGCCAUGCCCCGUCCCAGCUCCCUGGGCUCUUCACAUGUGGCCGGCCCCACAACUCUACCUUGGCUUGGCUUGGAGCCAUGAGUCAGCUUCAUCUCCACCCAAGCCAAAUCAAAUCUGAGGCAGAAGCCGAAACUCACAGUCCCUCAAAGUCUAUAGCCAGGUGAUGGAGGACGAGGAGAAGGCAGCAGAGAGCUUGGUGAGCAACAUGGAAGCUGCUCACUCUCCAUCCCCUGUCCACUGCUGCUGGCCCCGCCUCCGAUACUGGGCAGCUACUAGCAUUAUCUGUGGCUGUUCUUGCCUGGGAAUCGUGGCUCUUGUGUUUGCCAUCAAGGCAGAAGAGCGACAUGAGGAGGCCAAAUAUUGGGGGGCCCGGGCCCGGAGAUUCAUUUUGGCCAGUUUUGCUGUCUGGUUUGCGGUCCUUUUUCUGGGUCCCCUGCUGCUGUGGCUGCUCUCCUACACCAUUGCUCAGGCUGAGUAACUCUGGGUGGCCUUUGCUGAGAGUCAGUCAAGACCUGAAUCCAGUCCAACAAUUCGGCAGUGAUCAUUUCUGGUGACAGGAAUGGUUCGUGGUUCUUCCUGUCUAGAAGGAUGUGGCCUUUCUCGGGAGCCAUUGGAAGAGCUCACCUAGGCUAUUGAAAGCACCUGAGACUUCAAGGGAGGUCAGCCUGCUCUGUCCUUUCAUUACCCUCUGCUUUGUCUCCCCUGCCCCUCCAUCCUAGGAGCCUCCAUUCAGAGAAAGGGGUAAAAACCAGGCUUGAUUUUAUUAGAAUUUGUUUUGUAAUAAAAACCUUUUUUGGUGGUGAAA